GUGGAUAACUCUUGUUUUGCCCCCACAGAGUCUGUAGAAGAGGCUUCCAGGAACCAGGACUUCCAAAUGAACAACCGAAAGGAAGACAUGGAAAUCGCGUCCCACUACCGACACCUGCUGCGCGAGCUCAAUGAGCAGAGGCAGCACGGCGUCCUGUGUGACGCCUGCGUGGUUGUCGAGGGCAAGGUCUUCAAGGCGCACAAGAAUGUCCUGCUUGGCAGCAGCCGCUACUUCAAGACGCUCUACUGCCAGGUGCAGAAGACGUCUGACCAGGCCACGGUCACGCACCUGGACAUCGUCACUGCCCAGGGCUUCAAGGCCAUCAUUGACUUCAUGUACUCUGCCCACCUGGCGCUCACCAGCAGGAACGUCAUCGAGGUGAUGUCGGCUGCCAGCUUCUUGCAGAUGACGGACAUUGUGCAAGCCUGCCACGAUUUCAUCAAGGCCGCACUGGACAUCAGCAUCAAGCCGGAUGCCUCCGACGAGCUCUCAGAGUUUGAGAUUGGCACCCCGUCUGGCAGCAGCACAGAUGCACUGAUCUCCGCCGUGAUGGCCGGGAGGAGCAUCUCCCCAUGGUUGGCUCGGCGCACGAGUCCCGCCAAUUCUUCCGGAGACUCGGCCAUCGCCAGCUGCCACGAAGGUGGGAGCAGCUACGGGAAAGAGGAUCCGGAGGCCAAGGCUGACGGCCCCGAGGACAUCUCCUCGCAGUCGCUGUGGCCCAGCGACGUGGGCUACGGGUCUCUGCGUAUCAAGGAAGAGCAGAUCUCGCCGUCUCAUUACGGAGGCAGCGAGCUGCCUUCUGCCACGGACAGUGUGAUCCAGAACUCUUUCUCAGAGCAGGCUGGAGGGGACAGCUGGCAGCCCACAGGCCGGAGGAAGAAUCGAAAGAACAAGGAGACUGUCCGGCACAUCACGCCACAGGCGGAGGAUGGCAGCCGGGCCGGAUCCCCGCUGCCGUCUUUCCUUCCGACGUCCGGGUGGCCGUUCAGCAGCCGAGACUCAAGCGCGGACUUGACUGUCACCGAAGCCAGCAGCUCUGACAGCCGAGGGGACAGGGCUGAGCUCUAUGCCCACGUGGACGAGGGUCUCCUGGGAGGAGAAGCCAGCUACCUGGGCCCACCCCUCACCCCCGAGAAGGACGACGCGCUGCACCAGGCCACCGCGGUGGCCAACCUGCGGGCAGCGCUCAUGAGUAAGAACAGCCUGCUGUCUCUCAAGGCCGACGUGCUCGGGGACGACAGCUCACUGCUGUUGGAGUACCUGCCCAAAGGCGCUCACUCCCUGUCCCUCAACGAGUUCACGGUGAUCAGGAAGAAGUUCAAGUGCCCAUACUGCAGCUUCUCGGCCAUGCACCAGUGCAUCCUCAAGCGGCACAUGCGUUCCCACACCGGCGAGCGGCCCUACCCCUGCGAGAUCUGUGGGAAGAAGUUCACGCGGCGUGAGCACAUGAAGCGGCACACGCUGGUCCACAGCAAGGACAAGAAGUACGUGUGCAAGCUGUGCAGUCGCGUGUUCAUGUCGGCCGCCAGCGUGGGCAUCAAGCACGGGUCCCGCCGCCACGGCGUGUGUGCCGACUGCACGGGCCGCGGCGUGGCCGGAGCCCUGGACGGUGGCGGUGCCGAGGGCUCCCCCGAGCUGUUCACGGGCGAGGGGCCGUACCUGGAGGACGCCGAGGACCCGCGCGGGGAGGCCGAGGAGGAGCUGGGCGAGGACGAGGACGACGCGGGCCUGGCCCCUGAGGACGCACUGCUGGGGGACAAGGACGACGAGGACUCCCCGCGGGGGCCCCACAGCCCGGCCGGGGGGCCCGAUAGGGACUUCGCCUGGAUCGCCUAGGCGCCCCACCUGUGCACCCUUAGGGUCCUCACUCCCCGGCAGGGCCGUGCAGACCCCUGGCAGCCCCUCCUCCGGGUCCCCUCUAUUCUGCUCCUGCCCCCAGACUCACACAGAAGCCGGCCCUGUGGGCUCAGAGGCAGGUGCGACCCCAGCACCCGGGGGCCCUGGGACCGAACACAAAGUGGGUGCGCAGGGUGGGACUGAGCACGGG